CUUCAUCUUCUUUGACACACUCUGUUUUCUCUUUUUUUUGUUUGUUCUUAUUAUUACAAGAAACCAGAGUUUUCAUCACAAGGGAGAGAACAAACAAAAAAUGGAACUGUCGACACAGAUGAAUGUGUAUGAAGAGCUUCUUGUUCCAACAAAGCAAGAAACCACCGACAACAACAUCAACAGUCUAAGCUUUAAUGGCGGAUUUGAUCAUCAUCAUCAUCAUCAUCAUCAUCAGUUCUUCCCAAAUGGAUAUAGUAUUGACUACCUCUGUUUCAACAACGAAGAAGAAGACGAAAAUACCCUUAUAUACCCUUCUUCUUUCAUGGAUCUAAUCUCUCAGCCUCCUCCACUACUUCUCCACCAACCACCACCGUUACAGCCACCGUCUCCGCCGUUAUCAUCCUCCGCAGCAGCAACGUUCGAUUACCCUUUUCUUGAGGCGUUGCAAGAGAUAAUCGACUCUUCCUCGUCUUCGCCACCAUUGAUCCUUCAGAAUGGUCAUCAAGAAGAUAACAACAACAACUUUCACAAUCCAACGUCGUCGUAUCCUUCGCCAUUGAUGGAGUCUGAUCAGAGUAAGAGCUUCAGUGUUGGUUACUGUGGAGGAGAGACGAACAAGAAGAAGAGUAAGAAACUCGAAGGCCAACCUUCCAAGAAUCUCAUGGCGGAGAGACGGCGGAGAAAACGACUUAACGAUCGUCUCUCUAUGCUCCGAUCCAUCGUCCCAAAAAUCAGUAAGAUGGACAGAACAUCGAUAUUAGGAGAUGCCAUAGAUUACAUGAAGGAGCUUUUAGACAAAAUCAACAAAUUACAAGAUGAGGAACAAGAACUUGGAAAUAGCAACAAUUCACAUCACUCUAAGCUCUUCGGUGAUCUCAAGGAUCUUAAUACAAACGAACCUAUGGUCAGAAACUCACCAAAGUUUGAAAUAGACAGAAGAGAUGAGGAUACUCGAGUUGAUAUAUGUUGCUCGCCGAAACCGGGAUUGCUUCUAUCUACUGUUAAUACAUUAGAGACUCUAGGCAUGGAGAUUGAACAAUGUGUUAUAAGCUGCUUCAGUGAUUUCUCUUUGCAGGCUUCUUGUUCUGAGGGAGCUGAGCAGAGAGAUUUCAUUACCUCGGAAGAUAUAAAGCAAGCAUUAUUCAGAAACGCAGGUUAUGGAGGAAGUUGCUUGUAAGGGAGUUGCCAUGAUUGAUAUUUUAAUAAACCAAAACGAUUGUUUAUUUUUAAUAAUAAUAGCUCUUUUAUAAACUUUUUAGAUGUUGUGUUUAAUUCCCUUGUCAGUUUGAUUUUUUUUUUUCUAGGGGAACACAUUAUGAGUUGUAUAAAAGAAAGGAAAUUAAAAAAAAGAGAUGUUAUUUUCUUGGAUAA